AUGGAAAAGACAGAUGACCAGAACUGCCAGGAUAGACAUGAAGAGGACAACCCAAAGAAUUCCCCAUUUGACUUUGUUAUAAAACGGUUCCAAGGAAAGAAGUGUGCUCCUGAAGAAAGGAAAGAGCAGCCCUCAGCCAUCAAACAAUUCUUCAAAGGCUUUGACUUUGGGAAAUCUGAAGGCAAGGACAGAAGGGAAAUUGAAGAAACAGAAAUAAACAAUACUGGAGCUGAUGAUCAGAGUGAAAAGCAAGAUCCCUCUGUACAAGAUGGACUUUCACAUCUCACUUCUGAAGCAGAGACACCAUCUGGUGAGCAAAGAUUCAACCAGUUCAUGGAGAAAUUGGGAAAGAGACCCAACAGCAAAAAUCUGGAUCUAAAUAACUGUGCACUAAAUGCAGCAGAUAUAACAGAGCUGGCUUCUUUACUGCCAUUUCUCCCAGAGCUGGAAGAGAUCAGCCUGUCCUGGAAUGGUUGUGUUGGAGGGACUUUGAAAGCUCUCACUGUCCAUCUUCAUCAUGUGAACCUGUUAAAAGUCCUCCGACUUAACAACUGCAGGCUGACAGCUGAGGAUGUCAUCUCCUUAGGAGAGGCAUUUGAAAUUGUUUCUCAGCUUGAAGAACUUGAUUUAUCAUGGAACAGUAACAUAGGUGGAAAACUAUCACUGCUGACAAAAAAACUUCAAGAAGGAUGCAAAUUAAAAUGUCUGAAAAUUACGGACUGUAACCUGACAGCAAAGGAUGGAGAAUCCCUUGCUGAACUUCUAAAUGUGAUCCCAAACCUAGAAGUAUUAGAUCUCUCUAUCAACAAAAACAUUGGCUGCAGCAUGAAGGUUAUUGCUCAGGACCUGAAAAAUGUGCCAGGCUUGAAAGAGUUAAACUUGCACAUGUGUGGAUUAAAGCAAGACAGCCUCCAGGGCUUAGACACUGCUUUACAGCACCUUGCAGAGCUAAGGAAAUUAGACAUCUCAUGUAACAGAGAGAUUGGUGGUGGCUUUAAAGCCUCAACAGCUCAUCUGGCCAGCUUGAGAAAUCUGGAAGUCCUUGAUCUUCACCAGUGCUGUGUUACAGAAGAGGACAUGACUGUUUUGUCCCAAGUGAUACCUUUACUCUCCAGUCUUCAGGAUCUGAAUUUAUCCUCAAAUAAAAAUGUAGGACUCUCAUCAGAUCCUCUUCUGGGCAGGCUCAGGUUUUUACCGAAGCUGAGAUCUGUGACCAUCAGCAAUUGUGGCUUAGGUGAAGAGUCCCUUUCAUCACUAGCUGAGACUGCCCUUCACCUUCCUGAACUGGAGAUAUUAGACCUUUCUUGGAAUAAGUGCGUUGGUGGGAACCUAAAGCUGCUUUUGGGAGCACUAAAGCUUGCAACGGAGAUUCAAGUGUUCAGACUGAGCAGCUGUAACCUGGUGGCUGAAGAUUUGGCACUUCUAACAUCCCUGAGGCAAGAUGGCCAUUUAGCGAGGUUGCAGAAGCUGGAUUUGAGUUAUAAUAACAACAUCUCUGAUGAAGGCUGGGCUGUUUUCUGCCAAGGUUUAGGAGCAUUCAAGGAACUCUCAGAGCUGGAUGUGAGCCUCCGGCCGUCGUCCUGCCGGGACUGUGGGCCAUGGUUCAGGGAGCUGUUGACAGCACUGACACAGCUGCCAGCCUUGGCAGAGCUGGGCAUGCAAAGAUGGACCCUUUCAGAGUCGCAGAGGAAGCAAAUGGAAGGCUUUAAUCAAGACAACAAAAGAAACAUUCGUUUUGACUGUUGA